CAUUGGAUUAAAUGUAAGCACCAUCACCUAAUGCAGCUUAAAUUGGUUUGACUAAGCAAUAUGUGUGUCCUGUUUAUUCUCCAGCUGAGUAUUGAACAGACCCAAGCUAUGGCAGAGCAGGUUGAGAUGAAAACAAAGGUGCUGCAGUCUGAAAUCAAAGCUAUGACAUGUCGACAUAAGAAGGCCCUGGAAAAGCGGGAACGUGAGCUGCUGUGGAAGGUGGAAAAGAUUAAUCAAGUCAAAGCCAAGUCCCUUUACCUGCAAGUUGAAAAGUUGCGUCAGAAUCUAAAUAACCUGGACAACACUGUUAGUGCAGUUCAGCGGGUCCUAGAGGAGGGUCGUAGCAUGGAUAUUCUCUUGGCUCGGGAUUGCAUGCGGGCUCAAGUGCAGGAGCUGAAGAAUGUGAGAGGCCUUCUACAACUGCAGGAGGAUGAGAGAAUCAUGUUCACUCCUCCUGACCAGGCUCUGUAUACAGCCAUUAAAUCAAUGGGGUUUGUCAACAGUGGGGCUUUUGCUCCUCUGACCAGAGCCACUGGGAAAGGUCUCAAACGUGCACUACAGGGCAGAGUGGCCUCCUUCACAGUGAGAUGCUAUGACCAUGAUGGUGACCCGUGCCUUUCAGGGGGGGAGAUGAUCUCUGCAGUGGUGAUGGGUCCUGAUGGAAAUCUGUUCAGCACAGAUGUCCGUGAUCAGCAGAAUGGAACCUACCUGGUCAGUUACAGACCACAGCUGGAGGGAGAACAUCUAGUCUCUGUCGUAAUGUACAACCAUCAUGUAGAGAACAGUCCGUUCAAGGUCUUGGUAAAAUCUGGGCUCAGUUACACUGUCAUUGGACUACCAGGGCUUUCAUUUGUCAGCGAGGAAAACAGCAAUGGCAAGCUGUGUCGCCCCUGGGGAGUUUGCGUAGACAGAGUAGGGUACAUCAUGGUGGCUGAUCGCAGUAAUAACUGCAUUCAGAUAUUUAAGCCCUGUGGCACCUUUCAUCACAGAUUUGGCACAUGGGGUUCUGCGCCUGGUCAGUUCGAUCGCCCUGCUGGUAUUGCCUGUGAUAUCUCGUGUAGGAUUGUCGUGGCUGACAAAGAUAAUCAUCGCAUCCAGAUCUUUACAUUUGAUGGGCAAUUCAUUCUGAAAUUUGGGGAAAAGGGAUGCAAGAAUGGACAAUUCGAUUACCCAUGGGAUGUGGCAGUCAAUGCCGAGGGCAAAAUCCUGGUCUCUGACACACAGAACCAUCGGAUUCAACUGUUUGGACCUGAUGGUGGGUUUCUGAAUAAAUACGGCUUCGAGGGGGCACUCUCAGAGCAUCUUGAUCAUCCCCGAGGUGUUACCUUCAAUCAAGAAGGUGACCUGGUGGUGACGGAUUUUAAUAAUCAUCGCCUUUUAAUUAUUGAUCCAGAUUGCAGGUUAACACGCUUCCUUGGGUCAAAAGGCACCAGCAACGGCCAGUUCCUGCGCCCACAAGGCGUGGCUGUGGAUCAAGAGGGAUGCAUCAUUGUGGCCGAUUCUAGGAACCACCGAGUGCAGAUAUUUAAGUCAAAUGGCAGAUUUUUGUGCAAAUUUGGUACUCAGGGAAGUGGCUUUGGUCAAAUGGACCGACCUUCAGGUAUAGCUGUCGCCCCUGAUGGCAGGAUUGUUGUGGUUGACUUCGGAAACAAUCGAAUUCUCAUCUUCUAA